AUGCCCAAGAUGCGACUUGGCUGGUAUGCUGGGGCCUCGACGGCCCUCGCGGGCACAGUUGUGUUCUCGGCCUUCUAUCAACGAGCCAACUUCUACUCGGCAAUGGUCUAUCUCGCCCAGAGUAACUUUUGUUUGUUGAUUUUGGUCAACUUCUCGCUACUCCUUUACAGUAGCUUCGUUUACGGCCUCACCCGAAUGUUCUUUGGCCCCCUUCGCGCAGUUGAAGUUGAGCAGCUUACCGAGCGUGCCUGGUUUGCGAUUACGGAAACAUGCCUGGCCAUGACUAUCUUCCGCGAAGAGAUUGGGGCCUGGUUCCUUGUCAUGUUCGCCGCUUUGGUGACAGGCAAGGUCUGGGGAUGGAUUGGGGAUGGACGAGUUGAGGUUCUCGAGCAACAACCUCCUGCCAACCCUCGCCUAUUCCAUUUACGACUCAGUUUGUCCCUGACGCUAAGCUUCAUCUACGAUAUCUACAUCCUCCGAUAUACGAUCAACACCGUGAUUCAACAAGCGCGACCCAAUAUGAUGGUUAUGUUUCUCUUCGAAUUUGCAGUACUGGCUACUAGUUCAUGGAGAACAGCAGCCCGAUAUGCGCUAUCGUUGACGGAGCAGAAUAUCCAGGAAUCGCAAAAACGAAAGCGACUUGCCGAAAGGAGACAGGAGGUCAGACAGGAACGGGAGGCUAUCAUUCGACAACGCGAAGCAGCAGCCGCCGCAGGGGAAGAAGUUUCCAACAAUCCGCUGCCAAAUGAAGAUGACAUUGAUGAGAUGGAUAUCGAAGUGCCUGGUUGGUCUGCUAAGGGAGAGUUUGUCCUUUGGCUCGACCUUGUCACAGACUUGGUUAAACUUGGAAUAUACAUUGUAUUCUUCUUUAUGCUCCUGGCCUUCUAUGGAUUGCCGAUUCAUAUCAUGAGAGACCUUUUCAUGACAGCAAGAGACUUCAUCAAGAGAUUGGGCGCUCUGAUGCGUUACCGAAAAGCUAUCCAGGAAAUGAACCGCUACCCCGACGCCACCCAAGAGGAUCUCGGACGAGAGGACACCUGCAUUAUCUGCCGCGAAGAAAUGCGGCCCUGGGACCCGGAGAACAAUCCGGGCGCAAUGGACCGGAUUCGACCAAAGAAACUGCCCUGCGGGCAUAUUCUUCACCUCGGCUGUCUCAAGAGCUGGCUCGAACGGCAACAAGUAUGUCCAACAUGCCGCAGCCCUGUUACCCUUAACGAGAACGCUCGUGCUGCACAGAAUCGGGCCGCUGGUCUUCGCAUAGAAAUUGGUGGCGGGCGCCCAGCCGAUCAGCAACCGCCGGCGAACCCUGGAGCGGCUCCUGCUCAGGGUCAACAGAAUGGAGGGGCACAGCCUGAACAACGACCAGCUGGGCCACGGAUCUUUAACUUCGGCCCUCUUCGUGUGGGAUUUGGUGCUAAUGGACAGCAAGUAAGAGAACUUGCCCAGCAAUUUGGUUUGCCCCAGGCUGCUCUCAAUCAACAAGGACUGGCGCCUCCUACGCCAGGAGCCGGUACCCCCAUUGUUGCUGGCCCAACUGCUCCAGCGUCUCCUCUACCCACUGGUGACAACCUGCAGAAUGUCGGAACUCUACUAAGCCAGGCCGAUCAGUUAAUUCAACGCGAGAUGCAGUCGCUUCAGAUUGCGCACCACGAGCUACAGACCCUACAGCUCCUCCAGGCAGAGUUAAGUCGUCUUCGACAGAGACAGCAGCACCCAGAGCAGGCGCCAAUCCCCCAGACACAACCAAUGCCGCCUGCUGUCUUCCCUAUGACCCAACCUUUAAUGCCCCAACCCUAUCCUUUGACACCUCAGAUGGCUAUGCCCCCCAACUUCCCUCAAUUUCCUGGCAUUCCUCCUCGAAACCCGAGCCCCCUAAUGGCUCGUCACGGUGCUCCACUCAAUGCUAUACCUAUCCCCGCUGGUAGUUCCGAACUCCCAGAAGGAGUUGUUAUCCCGCCCGGCUGGUCCCUUUUGCCUCUCCAGCGACUUGAUGGUGGCCAAUCUUCGACACAGCCUUCUCCUCAGGUUGGUCCCCAGACGACAUUAUCAGACAUCAUCUCUGCUGGCCAGCCCACAUCUAGCGCUAGACAACCAUCGCCAAUCGGAAUGAGGAGUAAUGAUACUCUAUCGGUGGAGAAUGCAUCUUCUGCUGCCUCUACCGAACAGCGUCCACCUUCAUUCACAACUCAGUUCGCACCUGCCGUGGAUACCCCCCAGGUCGUUGCUCCCAGUCCUCGUAUGCCCAACUGGGGUGGAUCAGCUCAACUUUUUGGUAACGGAUCUCGUCUCGACCACUCCGAACAUGCGUCACAGAACGAGUCACAGGCUGAAGGAAGCUCAAGUCAAACUGCUCCUGCUGAUGCUGCAUCUUACUCGAGCCCGGCGGAUGAACAUACGCCACAAGGCACACCUCCGUCACAUAGCGAUGAAGAUGAAGAGUCAGAGAGGAACUCCUCGAAAGGCAAGGCGAAGGCCGUGACCAUUGAAGACGUGGAGGACGAAGAGGCCAAGGACACAACAAAGGAGGAUUAG